GGGAUGAAGCUUUGUAGCCUUGCAACCCUUGUAACCAUCAUCCUCUUCUGUGAGCAGCAUGUCUUCGCAUUUCAGAGUGGCCAGGUUUUAUCUGCUCUUCCUCAAACUUCUAGGCAAAUUCAAGUUCUGAAGAAUCUUACUACAACCUACAAGAUUGUUCUCUGGCAGCCUGUAACAGCUGAAUUUAUUGUGAAAACCCAUUUAAAUGUGAGCAGAAUUCAAUACAGAGUCUUGCUGGGAGAUGUUGAAAAACUUAUCCAACAGCAGACUUUCAAUGACACAGUCAUCCCCCGAGCCUCCACAUCAUACUACGAACAUUAUCACCCGCUAGAUGAGAUCUAUUCUUGGAUAGAAGUUGUAACUGAGAUGUAUCCUGAUAUGCUUAAAAAAAUCCAUAUAGGCUCCUCAUAUGAGAAGCACCCACUUUAUGUUUUCAAG